GGUUUUCCACGUUCACCAUGCUGCUGUUGAUGGAGUGGGCAUUGUUGUCAUCACCAGCACUCUCCUCUUUGGCAAGAGCUUGAGAGAGACCGUCCAGGAGAUGCUGCCCAUGGCCGAGAAAUCGAGGAGGAAACAUGGAUCUGCCCAGCCGGACUGCAGCGGAAGCUGCUGUGAAGGUCUCACUGCCAUGGGCAGCUGCAUGCGGCACGUGGGUGCGCCUUUUCGCGGCCUGCUCUUUCCCGAGGCGAAGUCCCCCAUCUCCACCCCCAGUGAUGCGGCGCGGCCGUCCCAGAUACGCUAUUUCCAUCUUGGACCGUACCCAUUGAGCGCAGUCCGAGAAGAAGCGCGAGCAAGUGGAGUUACAGUGAACAGCGUCCUCCUCCGCCAGGUGACUGCCGGACUGCAGGACUACUGUGAAUCACAGGGCGCUGCGAGGAUCUCCAAUUUCACCGUUGCCAUCCCAAUCAGUUUUAAAGUGCCGGACGCAGACGUGCCGGAGAGGAUGAAGGCAAACAACAACUUCAGCACGCUG